ACAGCUGACACCGACAACAACAACAAUGGCCGAUUGUGUUGAAGCGCUACUCGUUUUGGUUUUGCUCUGUCGAAACGAAAUGGAAGAAAUGGGACGACUUUACUACCAACUUUACAGUCGUUACAUGCUAAAUUCAAAACUGCUUUACAAUCCUAAACAUCAACGACGAUUCAGAUUCCGUAGGAGAAAGAAGAAUUUCCGCGUGUCCAGGCAGUCCUUUGACUACAUCUGCAACCAGGUCAGCGGCGUUAUGGGGAGAAGAGACACAAAUUACCGUCUGUGUAUACCCAAUAAAAAACGGGUUGCAAUUGCCCUCUGGAAGCUGGCCACCGGAGGUGAAUACAGGACCAUCAGCCAUCUUUUCGGGGUAGGCCAAAGCACCGUUUGCCUCUGUGUUCAGGAUUUCUGCUGGGCAACCAUGGAAGUGCUGCUUCCACUACAUAUCACAUUUCCUGAUGUGGAGAAGUUGGUGGAAAUGGCCACUUUUUUCAACAGACGUUGGAGAGCACCACAGUGUGUUGGUGCAAUAGAUGGAAGUCACAUCCCUAUUUUAGCACCCCGAGAUUAUCCAUUAGGCCAAAACAAAAUGACCAUCUCUGGCUGUGAUGUGGGACAUUACCUGAUUGGUGACCCAUCCUAUCCAAUGCAAAGAUGGCUAAUGAAACCAUUUUCAGACACUGGGAGACUGACCCCUGAACAGCACACCUACAAUUACAGACUGAGCAGUGCACGGUCGGUUGUUGAGAUGGCGUUUGGAAGGCGAAAAGGAAGAUGGAGGUGCCUCCUAAAAAGGAACGACUGCGAGCUGGAGCUCAGCAAAAUAAUGACAGUGACUUGCUGUGUACUACACAACAUAUGUGAGGAACAUAGCGACAACUUCACUGACGAUUGCCAUGAACUUGUGUACGACCAACCCGCUUUACACCCCUUACCAGAUAAUGGUAGACAAGAAGGAGCUGAUGUUAGAUCCGCAUUGAUGGACUAUUUCAACAUGGGGGACCACUAAUAUUACUGCAGUUAAACCUGAUCUAUUUUGUAUCAUGCCUCUUUUUUUUGUACAAUAAAAUCACUGGAUCAGA